AUGCGCGUCGCGGCCUUCUGGGCCAGCCUGCUGCUGGCGUGCUCGAGCUCGGCGGCGGCCGCGGGGGCCGGGGCCGCCCCGGGGGCCGCCCCGGGGGCCGCAGCGGCCGCAGCGGCCGCGUCGGCCGAGCCCUCCUGCGAGGAGCUCCGCGCCAUGUGGCGGUACAGCAAGCGGCAGAGCCGCGCCGCCGAGGCGACCAACGAGAUUCCAACCUACCGCGAUCCCUUCUCGUACAACGUCUGGGACCCCUACCUCGAUCGACCCCGGACCGCGGGGUACGGAGGACCCGCAGGACCCGGAGGAUACGGAGGAUACGGAGAGGGGUACGGAGCGCAGGCGCGGAGUCGCGGAGCGGGCGGCGCUCCGAUCUACGGCCGGGUCGUCCACAAGGCGCCGGAGGGCUACCGACUGAGGAACGGCAUGCCGGACCGCAGCCGGGCCGCCUUCGAGGAGGUCGCUCGUCUCUACGGCACCGUCAACCGCCACCCGCCCUCCAGCCGCCGCGUGACCGGCUUCCGCCACGGGGGCGGCGGCGACGCCGGCCAGGUGCCGCAGGCCGGCAGCUUCCAGCACCUCAAGGACCUCGUCCGCUCCGAGCGGGCCCGCGAGCUGCAGGAGCAGCGCCGACUCGAGGAGAUGGCCGCGAGGGCGGCCGCCCUGAAGGAGAUGACCGGCGGCGACCGGCGCCGGACCGAGCGGUUCCUCGACGAGAUGCGGCCCUACCGGAACUCGAAGAGGGACCUGGACGUCGACGUCGAUCGAGCCCGGUACUCGUCGAACGUGGCCGACCUCGUCGAGUCCUUGUCCGGUCGCUCCGGCCGAGAGUACAUGCUGCGUUAGUCGGACCUGGGGCCGUUGGCGCGGGACGGGGAAGCGGACCCGAACUGCCG